AUGAAGAGGACCAGGUUGCUGCUGGUGGCCGCUGUGCUCUUGUUACGGGAAGCAACAUGCGAACCUCCGGUAGACUCGGCUUCGUUGCCUUUGGAACAUCGAACAGGGGCCGGUUACGGGCCGCCACUACCCCCCUCGCACACAGACGACCCAUGGCCUCUGGCAACACCGGAUAGUCCUAAAAUAAAGCAUCUACAAGUUCAAUGUGAAAAAACACGCAUGCGUGUCAAUAUAGAAUUUGACCGUCCAUUUUACGGUAUGAUAUUCUCUAAGGGAUUCUACAGUGACCCUCAUUGUAUGCAUUUGAAGCCAGGAACUGGUCAUCUCAGCGCCACUUUUGAAAUAUUCCUCAAUAGCUGCGGAAUGAGCAGUUCUGCAAAUCACAAUGUAGCAACGUAUGGAAGUCCUACACCUAGCGGUUCCUACGUGGAGAACACUAUCAUUGUCCAGUACGACCCUUACGUCCAAGAAGUAUGGGAUCAAGCAAGAAAAUUACGAUGCACGUGGUAUGACUUUUACGAAAAGGCAGUUACGUUCCGACCAUUCCAAGUGGACAUGUUACACGCAGUCACGGCGAACUUUCUCGGAGACAACCUGCAAUGCUGGAUGCAGAUACAGGUUGGAAAAGGACCUUGGGCUUCAGAAGUGUCAGGCAUAGUGAAAAUAGGACAGACUAUGACAAUGGUGUUAGCAAUCAAAGAUGAUGAAAACAAGUUCGACAUGUUAGUGCGAAACUGUGUGGCACAUGAUGGAAAGAGAGCACCAAUACAGCUUGUCGAUCAAUACGGUUGUGUAGUAAGACCCAAGAUUAUGAGCAAAUUCCAAAAGAUAAAGAAUUUCGGUCCUUCAGCUUCAGUGGUAUCCUUCGCAUAUUUCCAAGCAUUUAAAUUCCCUGAUUCAAUGAAUGUACACUUCCAAUGUGUAAUCCAAGUGUGCAGAUAUAACUGUCCUGAACCUAAGUGCGGUGGACUCGGUGCUGAUUAUGGAGUUCCUUUGUUAGGUGGAAAUACUCUGGGUGCCGAAGAAUAUGGUGUACCCAAUUCUCCUCACGCGGAAUAUGGUCCUCCACCGCCAGCCCCUCAUGGAGAAUAUGGCGUGCCACCUGCGUUCCCCGACCCGCGACAUCCCGCGGAUGCGACAGGAUCCUUCUCAGAAAAACGCGAUGACGCUGUACCACCUCCACAAGCACAAGUGUCAUCGACACCAAAUGCACCUAGUCCAUCGUCACCAGCGCCCGCACGCGAUGAAGAUGAAGUGAACCUGCCUCCCCCACCUCCUCCAGGCCGUCGCGGCGUAUACAACACAGUUAAAAGGAAAGAUGACGCUCACGUUAAUCUAGCAACAUUAGGAGGAAGACCGCGUUCCGUCGAGGACCUUCCAGAGAGGUUGGUCGGAGUGAGGCGAAGACGAGAGACAUCGACGCCAACAAGAAUAUACAAGCGUGACGCACAAGAAAUGACUGACGUCAAUACUAGUCGAACGAUCCAGGUGGUGGCGCCUGGAGACGUGAACUUCGCAUUAAACAAUGCCGCGGCGAACGAGACCGUCGUCAUUCAGUCUCCGGCGAGUGAUCCGGAGACAAUAUGCAUGUCGGUGCCGUCGUUCGUGGCGGGACUGGUUAUGUUGCUGCUAGUGCUCGUGGUGGCCUCGCUGGUGGCCGCUUUCCUCUUCGUGCGCGUGCGCGCGCUCGACAGGAAGGGUGCGCACGGAGCGACCGCCUACUACGAGACGGAUUACGUGAAGCACACUAAUUAG